AUGGCCACGUGUCUGCGCCUCUGCGCCCUUCCGCCGUUUUUUUUUGUGGACGCAGGGGGCAGUCCGGGUCACAGUGCUGACGACGACAUGAGCCAGGAAGAAGGUGCCGUGAUCGGAAUCAACUUGGGCAACACAUACGGCAGCCUUGCAUGCAUUAACCAGCAUGGGCGCGCUGAUGUGAUUGCAAAUGAGAGUGGCGAGCGCCAGAUCGCCACGCGUAUCGCUUUCCAUGGCGACCAAGUGUACCACGGCAAUGGAGCGACGCCGCAACUCAUCCGUAAUGCACACAAUGUGAUUGACAAUUUUGUUCAUCUCGUUGGCCGUCCAUACUCGGAUUUGUCAGAGGAAGAAAAGGCGCGCAAGUCUGCCGCCGUGCUUGACGUGAAUGGCGUACCAUCGUUCGAAGUCGAGAUCAACGGUAACAAAACUAUUCUCUCGGCGCAAGACGUGCUCGUGCGCUUCAUUGGCGUCCUCUACAAUGCUGCGAAGGACUUCAUGUCGGGUGUGCCGAUUGUCGGAGCGGUUCUUAGCACACCACUCUGGUACUCGGACUCACAGACUGCAGCCGUGGCCGACGCGGCGAAGCAGGCAGGUCUUCAUCUCCUCCAGCUUGUGCCCGCACCAGCCGCAGCUCUCACUGCGUAUGGCCUCACGAUGCCAAAGCCCACAGGCGAGCUUCCUUCUCACCCCGACGGUGAAAAAGGCGAGCCUUAUGCGCCUGACAAGAUCCUCGACCGGAAUGUGCUUGUUGUCGACUUUGGUGGCACGGCCAUCGAUGUCACUGUGUACGCGGCACGCGCCGGCAUCUUUUCUCAACUCGCCUACGAGCAUGACAAGUCCAUUGGUGGACGUGCGCUUGACGAUGUGCUUGUGCAUCACUUUGCGAAAGAGUUCCACAAAAAGACCAAAACGGCUAUUGGCGAACACGAUGCACGUGCUUGGGCCAAGCUGCGUAACGAGGCUGAAGGCACCAAGCGCGCCCUUAGUGCAAGCCACUCGGCGCAGUGCAGCGUCGAGAGCUUGGCCGAGGGUCUAGACUUCAGCGGCAGCGUGAACCGCACGCGGCUGAACGUGCUCGCUUCUGGCAUUUACCAGACGGCCGUCGCCGAUGUGCAGAAAGCCAUUGCAGCGGCCGGGCUUGAGUCGUGCCAGAUUGACGAGAUCAUCCUUGCUGGUGGUGCCUCGCGUCUUGCUGGUCUUGCUGAGCAGUUGUCGUUCCUGUUCCCCGAGGACAGCAACACGCACAUCACGUACUCGAUCGAUUCUGACCAGGUCAUUGCCCGUGGCUGUGCAGUUUAUGCCCAGUCGCUCGUACACCUUCCGAAGGACUCGGAGGAGCGCAAGUUCGUUGCUUCGAUGCCAGCCACGCGCGCUGAGCGCCGCGCCGCAUUGACAAUGCCAGCGACAACGCGCCCAUUGGGUGUGGUUGUGGAUGCACCGCCGCAAGAAAGUGUUGCUAAGCAGAUCGUCAACGGCAAGCUGUUCGUCACGCUUGUGCACGCUGAGACGCCGCUCCCAGCACGCCGUGUUGUGCGAUUCCCCGUCACACCCAACUCGUCGUCGACGCUUAUCCGCCUUGCGCAAGGCACGCCAAAGGUGCGUGUUGAUAAAGUGGAUCCUGAACCGCUCGACGAUGACGAAGACGCAGCGGCCGAUGAGGAUGACGAGCCUCUUGAGCCAGAGGAAGUGCGCAGUGCAUACAUUGAACCUGAUGCGGCGAGUCUUGCUGAGCUCGUCGUGCCACAUGCAGCUUUGUGUCAGUCGAUUACUCUACAGGUGAUUGUCCACAGUGAUGGACAGGUAACUGUGGAAGCUCGCUGCGACAAGAAGAGCGAAGUGGCUGCAUCUGCGCAGAUUGGCAGCGCUUAA